CUCAAGGUUCAGCCUCGGCUACCUAAGUUCCCCUUGCUUUAGCAAGAUGAUGUAGGGGGGUGGAAGUCUCCACUGCCUGAUUUUGAAGGUCUUUUGCAACUCGUAUAGGUGGGCUGGGCCAACCUGUCGGGCAAUUACUGGCCCUUGCAAGUGGUGGCCAUUUGCCAUGGUUGAUGAGCCGUGCGGGCAGGUGCAUGAGUGCAGUCCUACUCUCUGCUGCAUGGUGCUUCAGCAACCCUUUUCAGGUCUUAGGGCUCACGCCCGAGGCCGAUGGCCCAGCGGUGCACCGAGCCUUGCGACGCUUGGCCAAGGUGUAUCAUCCAGAUGUUCCUGAGACCGGCGAUGACCGGCUCUUCCGGCAAGUCCUUUGGGCGGCGGAGGAGCUCAGCAGCCCCGAGCGGCGGCGCAGCUGGACCUUGCGCAAGGCGGCGGUUGAAGCAGAGGAAGCAGGAAGAUAUGCCGGGCGAAAGCCAUUUGAAGAGUAUGAAAUCCUGGAGUCGGAGUUCUUCGACCUCGCUGGGAUGGCGCCGACCGGCCCAAACGCCACGCCGGUGAAGGGGGGUGAACACACUACGGGACGAGGGAGCAUGGCGUGGCUAGCGCCCACGCGCGUGGCAAGAACGCGGCUUCACGGGGUGCCAAGGGCUCCAAAGACAAGAGCCGGAGGGACCGGAGCCGCUACAAGAAGAGCAAACCAUGGCAGCAUCAACGCAAGUGAGCCCUAGGGCUCGGGCGUGUGCCUUUCAGAACUGGACAAAAAA